AUGUGCUUGCAUUUCCUCACUUUUUGUUUCAGUCAAUUCUAUCGUAUCCAUCUUUCUGUCGUUCACCAGGGCAUUGUUAAGCGCAAGAAGCAGAACCCAUAUCUUGUUGCCAAAUUCUCCCUCAAUGACCCCAAGCAAAGUGCCACACCUGCUUGUGUCUCUUGGAGCCCGGAUGCUUUGCUGACAAAUGAGGCAGUUAACUUCAUCUAUGGUAUCAAGAUGAUGAUAGAGAACAGUAGCCUGAUGCUUCAGAAGGGCAUUGUCAUUCACACCUAUGCGUGCAAUGCAGACAUGGGCAAGGAAGCAUUCGUGAACAGCGAUGGAGACUUCCUCAUUGUGCCUGUACAAGGACGUCUGGAUAUUCAAACUGAGCUGGGCAAGUUGAUGGUCUUCCCCGGUGAAAUUGUGGUAGUCCAGCGUGGACUAAAGUGGAAAGUCACUCUGCCAGAUGGCAAGGCUAUGAGAUACAUCCAAGAGAUUUUUGGAAUGCACUAUGAGCUUCCUGAGCUUAGUGUUAUCAGCAGUCAUAGACUCGCCAAUCCUCACAACUUCAAACACCUGAUAGCUCAAUUUAACGUUGACCAGACAGCUUGGGAAGUUAUCUACAAGCUCGGCGGUCAGCUCUUCACAUGCAAGCAAGACCAUACGCCCUUCGAUGUUGUUGUGUGGCACAGAAACUACGUUCCAUAUAAAUACUACCUGGACUCCUUUAUCUCUCUCAGCAGCCUCACUCAGGAUCACGUUGAUCUGUCGAUUUGGACAGUCCUCAUGGUGUGCUCGAAGACCUUGGGUGUUUCACUUGCCAAUUUCGCAUUCAUGGGCGAGAGGUGGAAUGUCACAGACAAGACGUUCAGACCGCCUUUCUUCCAUCGCAACACUGCUUCCAAAAUUAUAGGGCUCAUCACUGGCGACUUUGAAUUCUCUGACAGCUUUAAGCCUGGUGCACUUCAACUUGAGACUAGGUUUGGUGCCCAUGGACCGGACAAUACCAUCUUUGAUGCAGCCUCUAACAUGGUGCUGAAGCCAAUGAAAGUCUUCGAGGGGAUGCACAUUAUUAUGUUUGAGAUGAGCAUGCUGAUGAGUCUCACUGAGUACGCCGCUAAAGACAACAGGUGUCAAUCCUAUAAAGGUGGGAACAAGGGUCUAGAGGCAAAAUUCUUGAAGCACAAGGAAAAAAUCCAGGCAGACCUGAAGGCGGCUGGCCUGGCUCUCAUCCCCGGCCUCUGA